ACACUUGAACAUAAUGGCAUGAGAAAGUAGAGUUCAGAGUGUUUGGAGGAGGACUCUCAUCAUUUAGAGAAGUAAAGCAGUUCCUGAAGACAGAACAGAAGCAGCGGUAAACCAUCAGAGACUGAAACAUGAACGUCCGGCACACUUUGAUCUGCUUCCUCCUCCUCACACUGAGGGAUGGAAACAGUGGGCUCACCAACGCACAAAACCUCGACCGUACAGAAACUGAAGGAGGAAACAUCUCAGUUAGAUGCUCCUUUACUCUCAGUGGAGGAAGGAAGCUCUUCUGUAAGGGAAAAUGUGAAGAAGGAAACAUUCUGGUAGAAACGACUGGAGACUCAGCUCAUAGAGGCCGAUACAGCAUCAGAUAUGUGGAAGGAUCUUUUCCAGCACGUGAUAUAGUUCUGUAUGUGAGCAUCACAAAGCUGACCAAGUCUGACGCAGGACGGUACCAAUGUGGUCUGGUCCGAACUGCACUUCUCCCUGACUCACACCAGGACUUUGAGAUCAGAGUUACAGAUGCUCCAACCUCUUCAAAACCAGAAGUGACUCUCCGACCGUUUUCAACAUCAGCCUCCCCACUGACCACCACUCAGAGUCUGAGCUCCGUACCUUCCUCAGCCUCCCCUGAACGCACCACGCAGCCUCCACAGGGACAGACAGCUUCAGAUGGUCACGGUGUGGUGCUGUAUGUGCGUCUGACUCUGGUCGUCAUGUUCCUCGUACUCUCAGCGUCUGUGCUGAUAUUCUGCAGGAAGAGGGCCAGGAAAGAUCCUCCUGUGGAACCUGAGUAUGGUGUUGACACUGAGGCUAACCAAGUUUAUGAAAACGUCAGAGGGAGCGGUUCUCCACCUGUAGGCCUACUAAUAUCUACCAAUUACUCCUACGCCAAAUAUACCAAACCAAACCGAGUCGAAACCACCGACGAGUACAGCUUCGUCACUGCAGCCACUUCUCAGAAGAAAACUAAAGAUGACCCGAUUAAUCUCAACUACUCUGAGGUGGAUUCUUCUAACAGUGGCGCUGCCUCGCUCCACAGCGCCCCCUGUGGUGACGCAGAUAACAUCCUCUCUGCUCCUCGGGGUGGAA